GAUUUCGCCGCCGCUUCCUGCUACGUCUUGCACUUUGCAGCGGUGUGUAGUUUUUGGAUGCUGAGGAGACUCUCGUCGUUGCUCUCAUACUGUAAACACACAGACGGUUUAUGUCGGUUCUGUCGCUUCGUGUGCCAGCAGACUGUAAACAUCCAGCCGGUCCGAGAUGGCCCAGUGCUCCGAGCCUGCUAACGUUAGCUCCGCGCUGAACGGAGCGCCAAAGAAGGAGAGAAAGGUGGCUGUUAUCACCGGCAUCACCGGACAGGAUGGUUCCUACCUCGCGGAGUUCCUGCUCGCCAAAGGCUAUGAGGUUCAUGGUAUUAUGCGUCGUUCCAGCUCCUUUAACACUGGCCGCAUUGAGCAUCUUUACCAGAACCCCCAGACGCACACUGAGGGCAACAUGAAGCUGCAUUAUGGCGAUCUGACUGACAGCACGUGUCUGGUGAAGAUCAUCAACGAGGUGAAGCCCACAGAGAUCUACAACCUCGGUGCUCAGAGUCACGUCAAGAUCUCGUUUGAUUUGGCUGAGUACACCGCUAACGUGGAUGGCGUAGGUACCCUCCGUCUCUUGGACGCCAUAAAGACGUGCGGUCUGACCAACAGCGUAAAAUUCUACCAGGCCUCCACCAGCGAGCUGUACGGCAAAGUCCAGGAGAUCCCUCAGAAGGAAACCACUCCCUUCUACCCUCGCUCACCUUACGGUGCCGCGAAGCUUUAUGCCUACUGGAUCGUGGUGAACUUUCGAGAGGCCUACAACAUGUUCUCUGUCAACGGGAUCCUCUUUAACCACGAGAGCCCGAGGAGAGGCUCAAACUUUGUGACGCGUAAGAUCAGUCGCUCUGUGGCAAAGAUUCACCUGGGCCAACUGGAGAGCUUCAGCCUGGGCAACCUGGACUCCAAGAGGGACUGGGGCCACGCCAAAGACUACGUGGAGGCGAUGUGGCUGAUGCUGCAACAGGAGGAGCCAGAGGAUUUCGUCAUAGCGACGGGGGAGGUGCACAGCGUGAGGGAGUUUGUAGAGAAGGCCUUCAAACAUGUGGGGAAGACUGUUGUGUGGGAGGGAAAAGAUGAGAAUGAGGUUGGUCGCUGCCAGGAGACAGGAGUGGUACAUGUGAAGGUGGACCCCAAAUACUUCCGCCCCACUGAAGUGGACUACCUACAAGGUGACAGCACCAAAGCGUAUCAGAAGUUGGGUUGGAAGCCAAAGGUGACUUUUGAGGAGCUGGUGAAGGAGAUGGUGGACGCAGACGUGGAGCUAAUGAAGAAAAACCCAAACGCCUGAGGCUGAAUCAGUCGGUCCGUCCAGGGUGGAAACAUUUUAACACUCCAGUGUUCUGCCACUGACACCAACAGUGGAAGGAACAUGUUGUAUUUUUACCUUUAUGACUUUUUCCAAAUGAAGUAAUUGUGUCCCUUUUCUUCAUUGUUGAGGUGGGUUAGAUUGAACCAUUCAUUGCCUUUGUGUCUUUGUCCUUUUUUCUAAUAACUUGUCAUUGAUUUAGUUUUAUUACCACGCAGCAAAGAUGCCUUUUAUAUUUCAACGCUGAUCAUGUCAUAAUUUAUAUAAAGGUUUUAAGGGUUUAUUUAUGUGUCUCUGUUUCUUUAGAUUGUGGGCUGAGUUGAUUUAAAUGUCAGACUUUCUUUCUUUGAGAGGAUGAAAUUGAAUAUAUCAGUAAAAAGAAUUAAGUAGAAAAAUAGGAAUCAACGAGUUUAUUAAUGAUCUGAUGACUGAACCAUUUGGUGCAAUAAAGACUCAUCUUUUUA